GUGGGUUUGUGCCUCUCUCCCUUCCCCCCCCCCUUGCUAAUACUGUCACCCUCCCAGACCCUCAACAGGGGAGGGUUUACACAUUUUAGGAAGUUGUUUUUUUUUUUGUUCAUUCUCCCUCCCCAAAGCAGGGGGAAGAAGAGAAGGAAUCAGUUUUCGUGUGUGUGUGUGUGGAGUUUGUACAUUGGCGAGAGAGGGAGAAAGAGGAGGUGAAAAAGAAGAGUCGUCACGGCGGAGGCGGCGGGAUCAGCAGGAUGGAGAGAGAGAGAUGCUGCCUCACCUGCUGAGUUUCUCCAGCAUUUUUGUCCACCUUCAAAGGUAAUAAAGUGUGUUGAAGAUGUCCAAGAGACCUCCUACUCGACGGGGUAUUACGUUCGAAGUGGGUGCUCGUCUUGAAGCUCGGGAUAGACUGAAGAAAUGGUACACAGCACACAUAGAGAAGAUCGAUUAUGAGGAGGCCAAGGUGCUAAUCCACUUCAAACGCUGGAAUCAUCGGUACGAUGAAUGGUUCAACUGGGACAGUGUUUAUCUACGACCGCUGGAGAGACCUCUCUUGCGGAAGGAAGGAGCCAAACUGGACGAACCAACUGUGGAGUUCCGCCCCAGUGAGCAGGUGCUGGCCUGCUGGUCAGAUUGUCGCUUCUAUCCAGCAAAGGUCAUUUCAGUCAACAAAGACGCUUCUUACACGGUAGAGUUCUACGAUGGAGUCAUUCAGAACGUGAAGAAAAUCCACGUCAAAUCAAUUCCGAAGAGCUCCAGGGAGAAGACGGUGUUGUUUCUGCAGAAUGCGGCAAGUGGGAGGAACAAGGAGAACGGCUCUGGCAGUGCGCGCCGGAGGGAGCGCUUCCGGGAGAAGUUCUCCCCAUCACUGGCCAGCCAGCAGGUGGGCGAGGACAAGCCGGCGGUGAUGGAGGAGGAAGCGGAGGUGGCGAAGCUGGCCAGCGAGGAGCCGGGGCCGGGGCCGGGGCAGCCGGGCAAAGCCACGGAGGUGCCGGCGGCAGAGAAGAAGAGCCCGCCGCAGUCCUCACCGCCAGGGAGCCCGCCCCCCGCCGUGCCGCCCAGCAAGCCGGAGGAGAAGAGGAAGCGCGGGAGACCGCCUUCAGUGGGGCUCGCAGGUGGUCACGCCAAAGGAGCAGCCUCCCAGGAUCGCCGGCUGUUGCCGGCACGUCAAGGGGGCUCAGGAACGGGAAAGAGAAAGUGUGCCUCCGCUGCCUCGACCCUAUCGAAGCAGAUGAAACUCGACCAGGGGCAGACUGCGGGCAGCCAGGAGCAGUCCAGAAGGAGAUCUUUGCGUCUGGCAUCUGGUGAUAGCAACUCGUCAGCUACCAGCGUGCCAAGCGAGGGAACGGAAGCACGCAGCAAGGCAAAGGAGCAGGACUCUGCCGCGGAAGCAGCAGCGUCAGCAGCAGCACCAGCACCAGCAGCACCAGCAGCAGCAUCUGAGGCCCCGGCCCAAGCACAGCAAGAUCCUACUAUCCAAGCCCAGAGUUCCACCGACGCUGCAUCCGACACCUCAGUGCCAACGGUGCUUGCCAGCCCUGAGCAACAGGUCAAAGAAGCAGCGAAGGUUGACUCCCCUGAGCCAGGCUCGGAGCCACGAGAUCCUCCCCCUGAAGCCGCUCCUGUUGUGAAGCGUGUGCCUCGAUCCCAGAACCCAAACAGAUACAGUAGGGAACCCUUAACCAACACUGCCCAGAGCCCCGAGGAACAGCUGCCGCCCAAGGCGUUGAUCAUCGACCUCGACCACAACAAGUUUAAGUGCAAGAUUGCCGAGUGCUCGAAAGCUUUCCGCAAAGCCAAGAUGCUGCACUACCACAUGAAGUACUACCAUGGCAUUGAGAAGGCAGAAUCGGACCAAGGCUCCCCCAAGAGGAGCAUGCAAACCCGAGGCUCCUGCGCCUCCGAGACUGAGUCGCUCCUGGACAGCCCCAAGAGGCGGCGCACCACCUCGGGCUCCUUGCAUGGGUCCCAGAACGUGUCCCUCCGAGACGCCCACUCUUCCAGCGUCGACCCCAGAGCCGCAAAGCUGAACGAGAAGCGACGAAUCUCGGCCCCAUCAUCCCUCGACGUGGCUGCUCAGUCCAGGUUGUCGCUCCGGGAGAAGGCCAGGGACAACCAGACGGAGAGGUCUCACCGGAAGCUGCAGGAUCGGGAACGGGGCUUCACGGACAGUGGAAUGAAAGAGAAGAACAAGGAGAAAAAGGUACGUGAUUUCCUCAAGGUGAAACUGAAGAAAAAGAAAAAAAAGAAAAAAAAAGUGAAGUCAGAGCUUUCUGACAGUGAAGAGAACGUAGAUGUCUCCAGAGAUUGCCCACCUAAAAAAUCCACAUUCCUCUCAACCAGAUCUUCCUCCUCUUACAAAUUUCCCUUCUCCCAUAAAUACACAACCUUAUGCACUUCUGACUCGGGAUACCUCAUGGAAGGACUGAAGUUUGACGAUGUUUCAGAUGACGAUCCCACGAGCGACUCGUCCACGGACAGCCUGAUGUGGAGCGAGGACGAGUACAGUCAGGAAGUUGACGUGACCACCAACCCCUACGACACGGGCGACGGGGAGGACAGCCAGCUGGAGGUUGUGCGCUGCAUCUGCGAAGUGGAGGAGGAGAACGAGUUCAUGAUCCAGUGUGAGGAGUGUCUAUGCUGGCAACACGGUGUUUGCAUGGGCUUGCUGGAGGAUAGUGUUCCCGAGAUCUACACCUGCUACAUGUGCCGCGACCCGCCAGAACAUCGCUUGAGUUCCAGAUACUGGUACGACAAGGAGUGGCUCAGCAGUGGCCACAUGCAUGGCCUGACCUUUCUCAAAGAGAAUUACUCCCAUCAGAACAGCGGCAAUAUAGUUGCGACACACCAGCUACUGGGAGACGUGCACCGGGUGAUCGAGGUACUACACGGGCUGCAGCUGAAGAUAUACAUCCUCCAGAAUAAGGAUCAACCGGACCUGAAGCUGUGGUCCAAGCCCUGGCGGGUCAACUCCACCGCCAUCGAGAAGUUACGGGAGAGGCACAGUGCGCCCAGUGAAGACAGCAACAGCGGCCUGAGCGCCAGCGCGCCGGGCAGGACCCCGAAUGGCACGUCGGAGCGGCAGAACAGGGUCCCGGUCAUCGAGGAGUCCUACAUCACCAGCGAGCACUGCUACCAGAAGCCCCGGGCCUACUAUCCUGCCGCCGAGCAGCGGCUGGUGGUGGAGACCAGGAACUCCUCGCUGGACGAAGGUUUCGGGCGGAUGCGGGAGAACGGGGACGAGACGCUGGCCGAGAGGUUCGGCAGGAACGUCGAUGAAGACUCAGGGCGGCCCGACUAUGAUUUUCGUCGAGAGCAAGACAGCGUCUGCAAGGUCAGUGACUCCCAGGGAGAUCCACAGAAAUAGGCUUUGGUUAGUCCG